AGAUUGUAGAGGAGAGAGAUAGCUAUCCAACAUGAAGAUGAAUCAGACAACAUUUAUAAUUCUACUAGCCUGUAUCAUAGGAUCUGCUUGGAGUUACCCUGCACAGAUCAUUUUUCCAGAUCAAGAAAUAAUUGAAAAAGACUCAUCAGCCGUCCUGGAUCUUCUCAAAGCACUGGGAAAGUCAGAAAAGGAUGCAGUUGAUACCAAAGGUAUUGUUAGGGCAACGGAGAUACCAAAACUAGGAAAUAAAGAAUCCAAUGGCUCUGUGGACGUCUUUACUCAAAUAUCUCAUGUAAACCAAGGAAUUAAGAUGCCCGUUUACGAAGGAGACAUUCUCAGACAUGAAGGCCGUAGUGCCAUCAAUUGCACCUCAUGUCUUUGGCCUAAAUCUGUAGAUGGAACGGUCAUUGUACCUUACAACUUCUCCUUCAACUAUAGUGCAAAUCAGUUGGCUUUAUUUAAGUCUGCCAUGCAGGAGUAUGAAAGCUUAACCUGUGUGAGAUUUGUACCCAGGACAAAAGAAGUAGCUUAUUUGAACAUCAUUUCUGGCAAUGGUUGUUCGUCCUUUCUUGGAAGACUUGGAAAUGCUCAAACUGUGGAGCUGGCUUCAUAUGGCUGCAUGUACAUGGGGAUCAUCCAGCAUGAACUGAACCAUGCCCUGGGCUUCUACCAUGAGCAGAGCAGGAGCGACCGGGAUGACUAUGUCACUAUUAUUACUGAAAAUAUAAUACCAGGCUAUGCAAAUAACUUUAACAAGUACAACUCCAAAAACCUGGGACUUGAAUAUGACUAUUCCUCAGUGAUGCACUAUGCAGGGGAUGCAUUCAGUAAGAAUGGAAACAGAACCAUUGUCCCCAAGCCUGACCCAUCUGUUCCCAUUGGGCAAAGGAAUGGGUUGAGUAUUCUGGACGUCUCUAAAAUUAACAGGCUGUAUCAGUGUGAUGUGUGCAGUAAUUUACUUUCUAACACCAAUGGGAUAAUGAUUUCUGCCAACUACCCCUCUACAUACCCUCAUAAUACCAACUGUGUUUGGUUAAUUAGAACUCCAUCUGGGCAGGUGACCUUGCAGUUCCAAGCCUUUGAUACCCAAUCAGCUCCAGGCUGUGUCUCCGACUACAUUAGGAUCUAUGAUGGUCCUACUAAGACAUCCCCCAUGUUAGUGGACAGGGCAUGUGGUACUGGACUGAUCCCUCUACAGAUUGCCUCCACUAACCAGAUGCUGGUUGAGUUUGUCAGUGAUGGGGCAGUUACUGGGACUGGCUUCAAAGCAACCUACAGCUCAGUUCCAUGUGGUGGUGCUUUCUAUGCCCCAAAUAAAACCUUCACUUCUCCUAACUACCCUGAAAACUACUAUACUAAAAUGGAUUGCACCUGGACAAUUACAGCCCCUGUUGGUUACAAGAUAUCUCUGAAUAUGAACGACUUCAAACUUGAGAAUUCCCGCGGCUGCAUGUAUGACUCUAUGACUAUUUACAACACAACCCAGUCUCAGUAUCCCUACUGUGGCUCUAUCCAAUUUUCCUUCAGAUUUGUGUCAAUAUCAAAUUCAAUGAUGAUCAAGUUCCACAGUGAUAUUUCUAUUGUGAACAGAGGGUUUAGUGCUACAUAUACUUUUGGCUAUGAAAGUAGUUUUGACAAUUACAACACAGAGAACCUGGGACUUGAAUAUUCCUCCGUGAUGCAGGAUCAAGAACCGCAUCAUCUCAUUGAUGCUGUCCUUGCAGCAUAG